CGUCAUUGUCCCUUUCGAGCUCAGCAGUGCAUGCCGCCGGUCUUCCCCAUCUUAGGCGUCGCACCGGCACGUAUCGCACUACCAUAAUGGGCGUCCUGCGCCGUCUUCAGCGCCAAGAUUCGCCUCAAUCGAAUGCAGACGACUCGGAUGGCUUCAAUUUAUUGUAUCUGAUCCCAAUCAUCCUCGGAGGGCUCCUUGUCCUUGGUCUUCUUCUAUGGCUACUAUAUCGAUACCAUCGCACCAGUCAAAGCCAACGUAAAAGCUCCGAAGACUUUGAGAAUCUCACUACCCCUCCAAUCGUCGAACCUCACCACCGCCAAGCCGAUACAACCAACGCACCAGCCGUCGUGUCACCCAUGGACCCCAUGGCCUCCUUCUCGUCCUUUAAAGACGAAAAUGCCAACAAGAACGUGUGGCUCAGUGGCAGUGGACGCACCGUCAGAAGCGCUGGCAGCAGCAGGAGUCUAACCGCUUCAAGUGUCGUCGACUACGCGUUGACGACGCCCCAGAGAGACGAGAUCUUCCACAUCUUACACCACGACCCUCAGCUUGCCACUCAGAGACUUGCAGUGGAUAAAAUCGCCUUUGAGCGGGUGUUAGGAGAGAGCGCAACAAGGCAAGUGUGGCUCUGUCAGUUCGAAGGCGAAGAGAUCGUCGUCAAGAGGCUAAAUCCGCCAGACAGCGACAACGAUGACAUCUUCCCAGGUGUGAUGAAUUUCGUACGUGAAAUUCAACUCACGGCGUCACUGGAACACCCAAAUAUUGCAAAGUUUCUGGGUGUUGCAUGGGGGCAAAGUUUACGUUCAUUAUGCUUUGUUGCCGAAUAUUUCGCAAAGGGAGAUCUGGCGUCGUUUCUGCGAAGAAAUCGUCAUCGUCGACUGCAGAUGAACCUGCAACUGUCAUCGUCGUCAGUGUCCGAUGUCUCGGGGGGUUCAUCGUCUUCAGGGACAACAAACCAAACGGCAACGACGGGGCCUCCGUCACUACAAAGUUCUGGAUCUGGGUUCAUGCUCACGAGCUGGAUCGACGAUAAAUUACCCAUCGCCAUCGGUAUAAUACGAGCUCUUAUGUAUCUACACUCGCGCCGUCCGAAGCCGAUUGUGUAUCACGUGCUACGGGCGAGAAAAAUUGCCGUGAGCGACCAUUUCGAGCCAAAACUCAUCGACUUGACUCCUGCCGCGGAGGGCUCGCCACCUAUAGACCAGGAGCAAAUGGCAGCCGGAAUUGGCAACGCCUUCUGGACUGCCCCAGAGUUGCUAACGGGGGGCUCACCCACGCAAGCCACGGAUAUUUAUGCGUUCGGAGUGCUACUAGCCGAGAUCGACUCGGAAGCCAAACGACCGUACCAUAGUGCGCGAGAUUCUAGAUCUGGAGAGAAACUACGCGCCUUCCAGGUGCUGAACCUUGUGGCCAGUGGAGAGCUACGACCUCAUUUUGCUGCGAACUGCCCCUUAGAAGUUCGCGAGAUCGCGCUCGCUUGCAUGCGACAGAACCCUAUGCAGCGUCCUACGGCGCGUGAGGUUCUCCUGGCACUGCAGGGCAGUAGAGCUGGCAGUGCUGCAUGAAAGAAAGUGGACACAUGUUCACCAUGAGAUGACGCCAUUGCAGCGUAGUCGGACAAUUAAAAUUGUAGGAAUUGUAGGAAAUUGUCACUGGCAAUUUGCCAGGUACGAAAAGGAAAUGAAAUGUGAACGUUAUGAGAUUUAAAAAAAGUAGGAUAAUUACAUGAUUUUAACUAUGGAA